ACUUGAAGUACAAGCAACUAUUUUCUCUUCCUCUUAUAUCCCACUUCUCUCUCUUUGUAUUUUCAUUCAGAUACUGUAACUUGGAGCAGAAUUUUCUACAAGGGAAGGAAGAAAAAGUGUUGCAGGAAAUAAUUUUGAGGAACAUCAAGAAUAUUAAGUGGAUUCUUUGUGUUUUGACGAAGUGGAGGAAACAAGAGGGAAAACAGCUUCUUCUGAUGGGCAUAAAAAGAAGAAAGCAAGAGAAAUCAUGACGUGGUGCAAUGAGUCAGAAGAAGAAGAAAGAUCAGCUAUUCAGAUUGCUAAUACACCAGAAGAAAUUCGUACCAUAACUUGCCCUUCUUGUGGCCACACCAUACAAUAUCAAGAUCAGGCGGCGAUUCAUGAUUUGCCGGGGCUACCAGCUGGGGUGAAAUUUGAUCCAACUGAUAAUGAGAUUCUUGACCAUUUAGAGGCCAAAGUACUGUCUGACUCUCGCAAAAUUCAUCCUCUUAUCGAUGAAUUUAUACCAACGCUAGAGGGUCAAAAUGGAAUUUGCUAUACUCAUCCAGAGCGGCUACCAGUACUUUUGCUUAAAGGCUCUGAAAAUAAAGCUCACUUUCUAUGUAAAUUUGAUGACAAAGGAGUAAGCAAAGAUGGCCAAAUCCGUCACUUCUUUCAUCGACCAUCAAAGGCAUACACCACUGGAACAAGAAAACGAAGGAAAGUACACUCCGAUGAAGAUGGAAGCGAGACAAGGUGGCAUAAAACAGGCAAAACUAGGGCAGUUUUUUCUGGUGGAAAAGUGAAGGGGUAUAAAAAGAUUUUAGUUCUCUACACCAACUUUGGUAGGCAAAGAAAGCCUGAAAAGACAAACUGGGUGAUGCACCAAUACCAUCUUGGCAACAAUGAAGAAGAGAAAGAUGGAGAGUUGGUGGUUUCAAAAGUUUUCUACCAAACUCAACCUAGACAAUGUGGUUCAAGCGUUAAGGACCCAGUUGAGAUGAAAGUAAAAGAACGAAGUGGGCAUACUGCUGUACCUAAGAGUUCAAAUCUCAUUGAAUAUUACAACCCGCCAACUUAUAUUUCAUAUGAUCAUCAAGGGAGCUGCCACAAUAGAGAAAGCCUACCUCAGCUAAUCCCCAACUUGGUAGUUCAAGGUGAUGGGUCUUCAUUUAUUCGAUUGGCCGCCGAUCCAAGCAAAGGAAAUCUUGAAAGGAAAUAGGGAGAAUUUGGUAGGUAGAAAUGACAAGGACUCGUUUGGUUGUUUCUAUUUGGUUGGUGACAGUGAAAAUGAGAUGAAGGAUCAGCAUCAAACACUGAUCAAUGCCUACUUUUGUUAAUUUUAGUAUAGGUAUAUCAUAUAAGAGCAAUGCUUUGCGUAACCAUCUUUGAGUAUACAAAUGAAUAUCAUAUGAUUGAGUGUUA